GUGUAUCUGGAACGCACCUAAUAUUUUGGGGGAAGAUUCGUGAUUUCUCGCGAUAUAUGUGGUACAGAAGCGGUACGCAGUUCAAUGCAGGGCAGAGCGCACAGAGCGUUCUGUACAUCAGCGCUUUUCCGCUUUCUGGCUGCUCUCUGGUGUGACCGGGGAGAAAGCGGAAGGAAUAUGGUUCCAUCUCGCGUUCCUCCCGCUGCAGCGCGUUCAUAACGGAGCUCUCGUGCGGGAGGCUGGGGGUCGUACUCGGUCCACCAAAUAACAAGAUUCCUGCAUUUCCAGUUAAACCCGGUAGUCCCUGCAGCAGGAGCGGAGCGUCACGGGAACAGAUGGUAGAGGCAGUGGUAGAGUUUGACUACGAGGCUCAACAGGAGGAUGAGUUGAGUCUGCAUGUUGGUGACAUCAUCGUCAAGGUAACGAAGGAUGACGGAGGAUGGUGGGAAGGAGAGAUAGACGGACGGAGGGGGCUGUUCCCAGACAACUUUGUCAGGGAGAUAAAGAAGGAUGUGAAGAGAGAGGUGGGGCCUAAGUCUGAUCUCUCCAAUGGCAGUGCAAGUCCUGUGUCUGAGCCCAGCCUACGACCAGCCAGGAAAGAUCAGAUCCGCCAAAGGAGGUGUAAGGCGUCAUUUAGCUAUGUUCCCCAGAAUGAGGACGAGUUAGAGCUGAAGAUAGGAGAUGUCAUCAACAUACUGGGGGAGGUGGAGGAGGGCUGGUGGGAGGGCAGUCUGAAUGGUAAGACAGGGAUGUUUCCCUCCAACUUCACCAGAGAGCUGGAGGACACGCCCCCUUCACUAGACACAUCCACUAGGUCAUCACAGGAGGAGCUACGCAGCAGCAGGACCAGUAAAGACAGUCCAGGCAGUGAGAGUGAUGGCGGAGAGAGUCGCUCUGACAGCGGAGAGAUUCAACCCAAAAAGGUUCGAGGGUUCGGGUUCGGUGACAUCUUUAAAGACCAGCCCAUCAGACUGAGACCUGCAUCUGAAGAUAUGGACACAGAGGGAGAGAAGGCACAGGUUAGCAAAUCACCCUCUGUUGCCCCGGAAACUAUGAAGGCGGAACCUGAGGGCAAGGUGAAAGGCCGUGAGCUGUGUAAAGUCAUCUUCCCGUACGACGCCCAGAACGAAGACGAGCUGUCAAUCAAAGAGGGAGAGAUCAUCUCCAUCAUUAACAGGGACUGUGCUGACGCGGGGUGGUGGAUGGGGGAGGUAGGGGGGAGAAAGGGAGUCUUCCCUGAUAACUUUGUCAAGCUGCUAAUUCCUGAUGUAGAGAAAGAGAGACCAAAGAAGCCGCCUCCCCCCAGUGCCCCCUCAGCUAAACACACCACAGAGAAAAGAUCGGAAGUCAGAAAGGUACCCCCGGAGCGCCCCGAGCACCUGCCUCAUAGACCACCUGAUGACAACAAAGGUGAGGAGGUGAAGGUUGGAGAGAUCCCUAAGCCCACCCUCCCAUCCAAAUCUCCAAAGAAGCCCCACCCACCAAAGACAAGCUCCUCCCACCUCCCUCCCCGACGCCCUGACAGACCUGAGAGACCUCCAACUGUACCGUGCGAGAGCCCUAAGUUUGAGGGUGGGGCUGUGACUCCAGAUCCUGCCUUUGACAGGUCAAAAGAUAUUGAUGUGGUUGACUUGGACUCUGUAGUCUUGUCUACAGAAAAACUCAACCAUCCGACCGCAAUGAGACCAAGAGUCCUCGACCGCAGACCACGCUCCCAGAUCAUCAGCACAUCUUCUCUGUCCAGUAUUGACUUGCUGAACUUUCCUGUGGUGGAGGAGGAGAAGAGUGAGAAGGACAGAGAGAAGGAGGAGGAGCAGGACUCCUUAUGUCCAAGACCAGUAGAUGUCUCUAAGAGGAAAGCACUUCCCACCAUCACUGUACCUGACAGUAAGUGUCUGCUGCCCCCCAAGCCUGCGGUCCUCCCCCUACUUUCCACAGGAAGCCUGGCCCUCCACUCAACAAGCCCACCCCCUUCAACUGUAAACCACACCUCUUCCGGGUUAAGCCCCUCCCCCGAGCGUAGGCCGACACCCACCCUAGAGGAGCUGAGAGGACAGCUUAGAGAGCUGAGAGCCUCCGUAGAACUGCUGAAGAGCCAACACAGGCAGGAGAUGAAGCAGUUGUCUAGUGACCUGGAAGAGGAGAAGAGGAUCCGCAUUACUCUACAGAUAGAGGUGGAGCAGAUUAAGAAGAGUUUAGCUAAAUGACCCUUCACCCCUCCGCUGCGCACACUGAUGACAUCACCACACACUGCAGCCAGAGUUUAACAUCAUCCCGAGGCAGGGUUCAGCCGAACUAGUUUGUGCCAAAAAACAACAACAAAAAUGACAGACGAUCCCAAUCCCUCACCCCGUCUGUUAGUUUGUUUGUGUUGAAAAGGCUUGUUUAUUUGUUUGUUUACUGCAAUCUGAUUGGAGUGCUCUGCAUCAGGGGAGUGGCCUCAAGUUCUUACCUGUCUGUCACCACGGUACUCAAACACCUGGAAUACCUAUUCCUCCUCUUUGUGUCUGUGUGUGUCAAAUUACAAGGUUUCCAUUGCAACCCCUCACUGUGGCCUUCCUUCCGGUUUUAGACUCCUUCCCUCCUCCCUUCCCUUCUUUCUUUCUUCCCUUCUUUCUUUCUUUCUUUCUUUCUUUCUUUCUUUCUUUCUUUCUUUCUUUCUUUCUUUCAGAUGACAAAGAGAAAGUGUCUUGUUUUUUUCUUGGUCAUUGCUCUCCAGGAAAGUAAAAUAGACUUUUAUAUUCCAGUGUUGUAAAGAUGAAGAGUAUGGAUGUGUGCCGAUUUUAAUAAAAAAACAUCAACCAA